GGUGCACCUCCGCGGGAAUGCCCGCCCCUUUUCCACGUCCGCGCUCUGUCCCUCAAACCGUCCGGCUGCCCGUCUUAGCGCCUCCUCGGUUCUGCACAGGUGGUCGCGGAGAAGAAGCGCUGCCGAUUGUAGCCCAUGGACGUAAAGGUGGAGCAGGUGGGCCUGAAGGUGCUGGUGACUGGGGGCGGCGGCUACGUGGGCAGCCACUGUGUGCUGGAGCUCAUCCAGGCUGGCUUCCGCCCGGUCGUCAUUGAUAACUUCAGCAAUGCGGUCCGAGGAGAGAGGGACGUACCGGAGAGUCUGCGAAGGAUAGAGAACAUUCUGAACACCAGCAUUGAGUUUCAUCAGCUGGACCUUCUGGACCGACCAGGCCUGGAAAGGAUUUUUCAGAUGCACAAGUUCUCGGCAGUGAUGCACUUUGCGGGGCUGAAGGCCGUGGGCGAGUCCGUUGAGCAGCCUCUGCGAUACUAUCGGGUCAACCUGACUGGAACCAUGAACCUCCUGGAGGUGAUGCAAGAGUACGGUGUGCACAGCAUCGUUUUCAGCAGCUCAGCGACCGUCUAUGGGGAACCCCAGCACCUACCCAUUGAUGAGGCGCACCCUGUGGGGGGCUGCACCAACCCCUACGGAAAGACCAAGUACUUCAUCGAGGAGAUGAUUCAGGACCAGUGUAGAUCCCAAAGGGACUGGAAUGCUGUGCUGCUGCGGUAUUUCAAUCCAAUCGGUGCUCAUUCCUCGGGAGAGAUUGGCGAAGACCCCCAGGGAAUCCCCAAUAACUUAAUGCCCUACGUUGCCCAGGUAGCUAUUGGCAGAAGAGAACAUCUCCAUGUGUUUGGGAAUGACUACGACACACCUGAUGGGACAGGAGUCAGAGACUACAUCCACGUGGUGGACCUCGCUAAGGGACACAUCGCUGCCCUCAGGAAGCUGCAGGGCAAUUGUGGCUGCAAGGUUUACAACCUCGGCACAGGCACUGGCUACUCAGUCCUUCAGAUGGUGAAAGCCAUGGAAAAGGCUUCUGGACGAGAGAUCCGCUACCAAAUCGCACCACGGCGUAGCGGGGACAUCGCUUCCUGCUACGCUGACCCCCACCUUGCUGAAAGCGAGCUGGGUUGGAGGGCAGAGUUUGACCUGGACAGGAUGUGUGAGGACCUGUGGCGCUGGCAGUCGAAGAAUCCCAGUGGCUUCAGCCAUACUACAGGCCCAUGAAGCUGGCCUCAGCUUUGACCCCAGGGAUCACCUGACCAGACCAAAUCUAAGGAAUAGUCUGUGUGAGCAUGGCCUCUGUCCUCAGGCCAGGAUGUCCACACCCAUCUGUUUUUGUGUUUUUUUUUUAACUGGAUAUAUAUUUUAAUUAAAGAAUAAUAGAAAUUUGUAUGCCAUGUUUUGGCACUGGAGGCCUCUGUCUUUACUGAAGACACUCUUAGGGUAAGAUGAAGGAAUAAACUGCAUCCUUUCUUUCAUGGCCUCUAUCUUUCCUGGUUCUUUACUACCCACAAUCUUCUCUUCACACUCAGAUGAUGACAAUAAUCAAAAAAUAAAAUAAAUUUCUUUAACUUA